CUCAGUUCUCUCCCACGUCACUUGCUGUGCUCUCCUCUGCGGGGUGAAUGAGAAAGCUGAGUUUCCGAGGGGUCAGCAAUUAGCCCAACAUGGCCCAGGGGUCAUGGAAGAGCUGGGACGUGGACUAUCUCUUCAUCCCAAGGACCGUCACAGCUACACUUGCGCAGUCACUCUGGCUGCACAGUGGCCCCCUCCGGUGAUACAGCUACCUCUGGGACAUGGCAGACGAAGACCUCAUCUUCCGCCUGGAAGGUGUUGAUGCCGGUGGGUCCUCCCUGGCUGGCCACAAUGGAGAUUCUGGCUCAGACAGUGAUGAUGAGGAAAGCUACUUCAUUUGUCCCAUCACGGAUGACCCCAGGUCCAACCAGAAUGCCAUCUCCAAGACGCACAGCUACUUCAGCAACCUGAUAGAACAUGAGCAGUGUGGCUCCAUAGGUUCCCCUGCCAGUUCCUUCCACUUCAAGGAAGCCUGGAAGCAUGCUAUUGAGAAGGCCAAGCACAUGCCUGACCCUUGGGCUGAGUUCCAUCUUGAGGACAUAGCCACAGAACAUGCUACUAGGCACAGGUACAACGCUGUCACCGGGGAGUGGCUCAAAGAUGAGGUUCUGGUCAAGAUGGCGUCGCAGCCCUUUGGCCGUGGAGCAAUGAGGGAGUGCUUCAGGACGAAGAAACUCUCCAACUUCCUUCAUGCCCAGCAAUGGAAGGGGGCCUCCAACUAUGUGGCAAAGCGCUACAUCGAGCCGGUGGACAGGGACGUGUACUUCGAGGAUGUGCGUCUCCAGAUGGAGGCUAAGCUCUGGGGAGAGGAGUAUAAUCGACACAAGCCUCCCAAACAGGUGGACAUCAUGCAGAUGUGCAUCAUGGAGCUGAAGGACAGACCCGGCCAGCCCCUCUUCCACCUGGAGCACUACAUCGAGGGCAAGUAUAUCAAGUACAACUCCAACUCAGGCUUCGUCCGUGACGACAACCUCCGCCUGACCCCGCAGGCCUUCAGCCACUUUACCUUCGAGCGAUCCGGUCAUCAGCUGAUUGUGGUGGACAUCCAGGGUGUGGGUGACCUCUAUACUGAUCCGCAGAUCCACACGGAGACAGGCACUGACUUUGGAGAUGGCAACCUUGGUGUUCGGGGGAUGGCCCUCUUCUUCUCCUCGCAUGCCUGCAACCGGAUUUGCCAGAGCAUGGGCCUCACGCCAUUUGACCUCUCACCACGGGAACGAGACGCAGUGAAUCAGAACACCGUGCUGCUGCAGUCAGCCAAGACCAUCUUGAGGGGGACAGAGGAGAAGUGUGGGAGCCCCUGCAUAAGGACCCACUCUGGCAGCCGGCCCCCCCUGCUCCUUCGCCUUUCAGAGAACUCUGGAGAUGAGAACAUGAGCGACGUGACCUUCGACUCUCUCCCUUCCUCGCCAUCUUCAGCCACACCACACAGCCAGAAGUUGGACCACCUCCAUUGGCCUGUAUUCAGUGACCUCGAUAACAUGGCAUCUAGAGACCACAACCAUGUGGACAUUCACCAGGAUUCUGAGGCCAGUGGGGACAGUGGAUAUCCCAGUGAGAAGCGCAGUGAGCUGGGUGACCCUGAGCCUCGAGAACACGGUCACUCCAAUGGUUACCGAAGGCAUGAAUCAGAUGAGGACAGCCUGGGCAGCUCUGGACGGGUCUGUGUGGAGACAUGGAACCUCCUCAAUCCCUCCCGCCUGCACCUGCCGAGGCCCUCGGCUGUGGCCCUGGAAGUGCAAAGGCUUAAUGCUCUGGAGCUUGAAAGGAAAAUCGGGAAGUCUGUUUUGGGGAAGGUCCAUCUGGCCAUGGUGCACUACCACGAGGGUGGGCGCUUCUGUGAGAAGGGCGAGGAGUGGGACCGAGAGUCGGCCGUCUUCCAUCUGGAGCACGCAGCUGACCUGGGAGAGCUGGAGGCCAUUGUGGGCCUGGGACUCAUGUACUCACAGCUUCCCCACCACAUCCUGACUGAUGUCUCUCUGGAGGAGACAGAAGAGAAUAAAACAAAAGGAUUUGAUUACUUACUGAAGGCGGCUGAAGCUGGCGACAGAAAGUCAAUGAUCCUGGUGGCUCGAGCUUUUGACACUGGCCAGAACCUUGGCCCAGACAGGUGUCGAGAUUGGUCUGAGGCCCUGUACUGGUACAAAACCGCGCUGGAGACCACAGACUGUGACGAGGGUGGCGAGUACGACGGCGUGCAGGACGAGCCCCGCUACUCGCUGCUGGCCAGGGAGGCCGAGAUGCUGUUGACCGGGGGCUGUGGCCUGCUCAAGGACCCAAGCAGAUCAGGAGACUUAUACACCCAGGCAGCUGAGGCGGCGAUGGAAGCCAUGAAGGGCCGGCUGGCCAACCAGUACUAUGAGAAGGCAGAAGAGGCCUGGGCCCAGAUGGAGGAAUAACCAAUGGGCCAGGAAGUCGCUGUUAGCUAUACCAAAGGGCUGGGGUGGGGUGGUGCUUAUUUAGUUUGAGAGGGGAAUAGUAUUUUUACUAUGCUAUAAAUCCACUUUUGUAUUUC